AAUGAACUUACAACUCCAAUGGUGCCAUGGUGGUUCCCUCCUCUUAUGGGGGUUUAAUUAACUGUGAAGAAGAUGAGGGUCUGAGUGUGGCGUUACAGAUUUAAGGUUAGUGAUUGCGUUAAUUUUUGUCAUUGAUUGUAUUUUAAUACUCUUUCAUCCAUUGGAUAUAUCAACGGGUUGAUAUAUGUAGUUGAGAUACAGCUGUCACACUAUUGAAGGAGAGGAUCCGUAUCCUUUUCCUUUUCCUUUUCCCUUAUAUCAAAAAAGAAAAGAAUGUUCGUCGUCCUUUGCUUGCACUCUCACUCAGCCUCGCACUGUCCGCUAUUCGCAAAUUCUCGCCUUUUCUGUGCUGUCAACCGUCGUUUCGCCGCCGCCAACUAACUCCACGGUGGGACUUCAUGAUCAGUAGUUUAGUUCACAUGAAGAUCAUAAGAUGAAGAUGAGAAAACAUUGCAGACUUUGGUGGCCAAGGCAGCUCACAUCAAACCAAGAAUCCUCUUCUAGUUUUUUAUUGGGGUGGUUUGUUACCUGCUCACCGUCAUCCCUUGACAUUGUUGUAGCCUUUACGUGCAGCGAAGUCUUGUUUUCUAGUUCUAGUCCUGGCAUCGAGGAGAUCAUUCAUGGUAUACACGGGGACAUGCCCACAAUUCUUAAGGAGAGGUCUGCGUUCUCUGUACUUGGUAUGUGUAUCACUGGAACUACUAGCAAUAGUUUGACAGCUGAAGCAGACGUUGAUAAAAAAAAGUUCUUUGAUUGUGGCAAUGCAUGGGCAGAGGGUAGUAUAAGUGUACACAGACAGAAUAACUGUAAGAGUUGCAGUUUCCUCCAAUUAGAUGGAUCAUUGAGGAAAAGUAGCCAAUCUUUUAUUGGAAAAAGUAAUUGGGUCGUGCUGAUGCUUGAUUCUUCCGAACAGAAUGAUGUAGGCAUUUACAGGCUUCCUAAAUUGCACCACAUUCAUUGCAAUGGACUAACUCUGUCAGAUUAUGAUGUUCACGUAAUAGUUUAUGAAAGGCCUUCUUAUGGCGCUCAUCAUUUCUCAUUGUGUCAUUUUGGUUCGAAUGAGCAAGCGAAAACUCCUAUUAAGAAUCCUAAGUGGAUUGAUGAGCUUCAUGAAAAGAAGAAAUUCAUUGAUUUGGAUACAGUUAUUCUGGCAAUUAAUUGCACAUCUGCUGCCAAAAGAAUCUUUGAAAGACAUGUGGUCCCAAGAUCCUUGAGCCAACUCUCACUAUUUUCAAUGUUUUUUGUUAUCAUAGGGCAUCUAUUUGGCAAGUUUUUGGCUUUGUUCUCCACUGUGUUCUAUAUUGUUCUUCAGUUUUUCCAAACACAUUUUAACCAUGAAUCAGAAUCAUGGUUGUAUGUGACAUCAGUAAAUGUAUUCAAGAAGACUGCAUGGAUAAAUAUCCGAAUCCGUUGUUGUCAGAUAUUAUAUUGGCCAAUUUUUCUUCAGGAGAACGACCUCAGGUCACAAUCAUGUGUUGAAUAUGCAGAGAAAGCUGCAAUGCAUAGGCAUUCUAUGUGGUCAUCUUUGGUUGUUGAUAUUUUCCUGGGAAACUUGGUUGGCUGGUCACUGUUAUACCAUGAAGAAUCAAUUUGUUUGUCGAGUUUGAACUUUAUCCAUUGGUUUGCCACUUUUUUGCGUUCUGGGUGUGUUUGGUUAAUGGGAAACCCUGCAGGCUUCAAAUUGAAUGCCGAGCUGGCAGGUGUACUUGGUAUGCUUUCGUUGAAUGCAAUCCAAGUAUGGUCAACACUCUGGAUCUUUGUGGGUUUCAUCUUCAAUUAUAUUAUUCGAGGCCUUUCUCUAUUAGGAAUUCUUUGUGGAUUCACUGUACCUGCUUCUUUGAUUGUAGACAUGAUUGCUUUGGGAACCUUACAUGUUUCUACUCUUCAUUGGUUUAUUUCAAUUGUAUAUUCAUCACAAAUACAGACACUAGCAGCUUUGUGGCGGCUUUUCAGGGGUCGGAAGUUGAAUCCUCUUCGCCAGAGGUUGGAUAGCUUUGACUACACUGUGAAGCAACAUAUUGUUGGAUCUCUUUUAUUUACACCACUUCUACUUCUGUUACCAACUACUUCCGUUUUCUACAUAUUCUUUAGUAUCGUUGACACAACCAUUAACCUUAUCUGCAUACUCAUUGAAGUUACUAUUUCGGUAAUUCAUGCUACACCUUAUAUCAAGAUAUUUCUUUGGUUGACGAGACCAGAAAGAUUCCCUUGUGGAAUAUGGCUUGAAACUUUCGGCUGUCAGAGUAAUCAUACUGCUUCUACAAAUCGGGAUUUUGCUAAUGAAAUAAACUCAUCUAAGGAAUCAUUGCAUCUAAAGGAUUUCAAUAGAGAAAAAUCUAGUAUUCUGGUUUCAAUUCUCCACAGCAACUAUUUGAGCAUAGGAAAAGUUAUCUCGCCUCACUACAGAAAUGCAUUUUCGGGAGUUUCUGGGUCAUCCAUCUCCAAAGUCGCGCAUGGAAUUCUCAUUGGGCAAAGAAUGCCAUAUAUGCGUGGAACUCUUCUUCCUUCACCAAUGCCAUGGAUGUCCCUACCCUACAAAAAGUAUUGGCGCCUUUGUCACGAUUCACUUAUUGCCUGCUUCAGAUGAUAGUGGCUUUAACUCGGAUUUUUCUUUUGGUUGAGUACAAUUAGGCAUUAGUUCUGGGAUUUAAUUCCCACAGAUAUCAUCCAACUUGUUUUCUCUAGUGUUGGGGGCUUUUACUCUUUUCAAUGGGUAAUAUUGAGAUUUCUUCAUAAUAGUAGUAGCAUGCUUUUCUUGGGGGCUUUUUCCCCAUUCAUUAGAAAAGUAGCAUUUUUAUUUUACAGAAAAAAGUAACAUUUUUUGUAGAUGUAUUAUCUAACUCAUGCUUGAGCAUAUACGUAUCACUAUCCAUAGUUUUUUUUGGUCUUGA